ACAUAACCUAAAUCAAAUUGACAUCAAUGUCAAUGGCAGUGGAUGUCUAACCCGAAUCAGCUGUAACCUCCAGUUCUUGGAGCAAGUGUUUGUGGUGGUAAAGUUCGAUUAAAGGCGCAAUGAAUUCGCUGACGAAGGGGGCCAAGUGGAAGGCGUUGUGGCGCCAAGGGCUCAGUCCCACAACGACCGCAGUGCGGCACCAUUGGAACAAGGACUACAAGCCGGGCCCCUUCCCAAAGACCCAAGAGGAGCGCGAACUGGCCGCAAAAAAGUACGGGGUUCCGAUCGAGGAAUACGAGCCCUAUCCGGACGAUGGGAGCGGCGCUGGGGACUACCCCAAACUGCCCAUGAUAUCGGCGGAGAAUAAAGACCCGUUCUAUCCGUGGGACAACCCGGAGCUGAAGCGCAACUUUGGGGAAACGCUGCACGAGGAUUUCGACGCCUUAACCGAGGACCGUUUGGACGUGAACCGCCAAUUCCAUCUCCCUUUAUGGCAAUUGGUAGCCCAAUUUUUUGCAGUGACGGGUGGGCUUGCUGCCCUGAUUCUCUUUGCCCAGCCUUUCAAGAUGUACCGGGCGGCAGUACCGCCCCAGUACCCCAACCAGGGCAAGACUCACUACUCGUUCGAACAGGCCUGAAUGGACCAAACUGGUCCGAGAGCUUCUGAGUUUGAUUGAGACAUCCAACCGUUUAGGAAAUGGUUUAUUACAAAUAUACAUAAAUACUUAAGAA